AUGAUUUCCUUCGCGGAUCAGGAUGCGGCGGGGCUGGAUACCUCUCACCGCGAUCCACUCGUGGUCAGCUUACAGAUUCACGAUUCCGACGUAUCAAGAAUCUUGGUCGAUACAGGGAGCUCGGUGAAUUUAAUCUUCAAAGAAACCCUAGACCGCUUGGGAAUCGACGAAGAGUACAUCAAGCAGGCACCCGCUCACCGAAUUCACUGCCGAACACAUCUUCAGUCAAGGCACGAUUCGCCUACCCAUACAUGUUGGAGGAACAACCAGAAUAGCUAA